GGCCCCACCAAGACAAACUCAACUCUAGUGGCCUACUUCCUUGUAUUCUAGUCUCGCUUUAACUAAUUGACUAUUCAACCAAUUGGAUCGCACCCGCAUGGUCACUCGUGAAGUUAAUUAUCUCACCAUGUGUUGGCCCUUGGAUGAUCCGACGCGUAAUGUGCAGGUAUGGCUAGUCAAUCGUCCGCGGCCACUUGCAAUUGCGACCGUGCCACGUACAAUAACAUACGUAUAUUUUACAUCACAGCAUUAGUAUAUAGUCGACGCACCCGUUAUAUUCCGGUUCACUCACCCAUCCUCUCCAAUCGAAACUGAGCCUUGGUUUUUCGUUGCCAGUAUCACCAUGUCCUCCCCUGAUAGCUAUACGCUGAAGAACCUCUAUGAUCUCAAUGGCCUGAUCGCACUAGUGACUGGUGGUGGCACAGGCAUCGGCCUUAACAUUGCACGUGGCCUCGCUGCUAAUGGGGCCAAGGUAUAUAUCACCGGCCGAAGAAAGGAUGUUCUUGAUGGAGUAGUUGCGGAAUGGAAUGCAACUAAGCGUGACGACAUGGGUCCUAUGAUCGCGCAAGAGAUGGAUGUCACGAAAAAGGACAGCAUCAAAGCUGGUGUAACAAGAAUAUCCCAAGAAGAGGGAAAGCUACACAUUCUUGUGAACAAUGCUGGCCAAUCCGGUCCUAUCUCUGAUGAAUUGAAUCAGCCAUCGACUACUGCUCAAAAGGAGGCCGGACCAAUUAGUGAAUACCUCUUCAACAAUGAGUCCUUUGAGGAAUGGGGCUCCCUUUUCGCGAUUAACACCUCUUCGAUAUACUUUGUGACUAUCGCGUUUUUGGAUCUGCUCGACAAGGGCUCUAAGGAUAUCGACAAAGAAGGGUUCUCUUCAAGCGUCAUCAAUAUCACGAGUAUCAGCGGGCUCAUAAAGGUCGCCCAGAGACAUUUUUGUUACAACAGCUCAAAAGCUGCUGGAUCUCACCUAACCAGGAUGCUUUCGACAGAAUUUGCUCUUAAAGGAAUCAAUGUUCGAGUGAACGCCAUCGCGCCAGGCGUGUAUGAAAGCGAGAUGACACACGACACAAUUACAGGGCAAGCAGCAACUGAUUCGGUUGGUAUGCCGGUGAUACCUGUACCAGCGAAGAGGCCCGGGACCGGUGCUGAAAUGGCAGGCACUGCCGUUUACCUUGCAUCGCCUGCUGCGGCGUAUAUGAACGGGCAGGAAUUGGUUAUCGAUGGUGGGUACUUGGCUGUGAAUCCUUCAAGAGUGUAGUGUAUGCUGUUGGGAGUUGACGUUUUCCUCAUGAGUUGUUUUUUUGGGGUUGUCAUGUACCAUAAGUGUAGCCUGUGGCAGACGAACAGGCCUAGACGUUUAUUCUUUAGGGUUUUACUCGUUUACAUUUGGAAACUUGUGAAUGCGCACCGGAGUUAACUUUGCUCGUUUUCUCCUCUUGGCUGGACCGUAAAGAAGGAAUACUGUGCCUCUUAUUGAUUUCGAGUUGCAUUGGCUACG